AUGGCAUUCCUGAAGUUGUCAUAUUUUGGAGCAAUCAGCAUUGGGAACCCACCACAGAGCUUCACUGUAGUCUUUGACACUGGCUCAUCCAACCUAUGGGUACCAUCAAUUUAUUGUUCUCAACAACCAUGUGAGACACAUCACAGAUUCAACCUAAGCAAGUCUUCAACAUACUACUCCAAAAACCAAGAUGUAUCCAUCCAGUAUGGUACAGGCAGUAUGACUGGUAUACUGGGAUAUGACACUGUCAGAAUUUCAAACAUCAAUAUCCACAAUCAGGAAUUUGGUGGUUUCUUUUCCUAUGUUAAGUUUGACGGGAUUCUGGGAAUGGGCUACCCAUCUCUUGCAGCAUCAGGAGCUACAACUGUGUUUGAGAACUUAGUGUCUCAGCAUCUGGUGGAUGAGCCUCUCUUUUCUGUCUACCUGACCAGACAGGAUGGUGCAUCUGGAAGUGAAAUUGUGUUUGAUGGAAUUGACUCAAGUCACUACACAGGUCAAAUUCACUGGGUUCCCAUCACUCGUGAGGCCUAUUGGCAAAUCCUCAUUGACCGGGUGACAAUCAAUGGGCAGGUUGUGGCCUGCAGUGGAGGUUGUCCAGCCAUUGUUGACACUGGCACUUCUCUCCUUGUUGGUCCCAGCACACCCAUCAACACCAUUCAGCAGUACAUUGGAGCAACACCGCCGCAGUACACCAUAAACUGUAAAAAUCUGUAUAACAUGCCCAAUGUGGUCUUCACAAUCAAUGGAGUCGACUUCCCUCUUCCUCCACAAGCCUACACUUUACAGAGCACUUACAACAACCAAAGAAGCUGCAUGAGUGGAUUUGGUGUUACUGGUGGAAGCCUCUGGAUUCUGGGAGAUGUUUUCAUUGGGGAAUAUUAUUCCAUUUUCGACGUGGGGAACAACCGUGUGGGCUUGGCUAAAGCUGCUUAAUUCCUUCGUUUACGUUCUCAUUAAAAACA